ACUCUCUGAAUUAGGUGCUUGACUGAAGCUGAUAGAGAAUGGAAACAUUUCCUUGGCAAUGUCUCUGGGAAAACUCCUCCGUCGUGCCUCUUCCAAAGCAUCUGAUCUCCUGACCUUAAAUGCCAGCAGCAGCUGUGGUGGUUCGUCUUCCAUCUUGGAUGGAGAGAUUAUCUAUUCCAAGAACAAUGUUUGUGUCCACCCCCCUGAGAUGCUGCAAGGUGUUGUGGAACAUCAUCCAGGCUACUUGUGCUUGUACAUGGAGAAGGAUGAGCUGCUUGGAACCACGCUUAUCCUGGCCUGGGUCCCCAACUCCCGUAUUCAGAGGCAGGAUGAAGAAGCUCUCCGUUACAUCACGCCCGAGAGCUCCCCUGUCCGCAAGGCUCCCCGCAAGCUUGGCUGUGUGAGUCCCAAAACCGUAGGGAUACGUCCGAAGAAGACAACUUGUCUUCGUUCGACUCUGGGGUUUCCUACACCUCCUGUAAAACUGACACAGUGUCGACCACUCCCUACACCGAGUACAGUCGGGGGGAAGUCUUCUUCCCCUGUGUCGAGGCUUCAGCCUGCUCACAGUGACUCAGGAAUUUUAUCGACAAUCAGUUCUCAGGAUGAACAGAACCGAUUAGAGGAGUCCGUAGAGGAAGGGCUGGAGAGCCAUUUGGAGACAGGAGAAGAUGAAGGCUCUUUGGAGUUGUCUGCCGAUGAUGUUAGCAAAGAUAGCACGUUUGACUCGGAUUCAGAUGCCUUCUCUUCUCCAUUCUGCCUCUCACCCAUAAGCGAAGCACUUGUGGAAAACGUUAGCUCUAUGUUCCUGGUUAAUGAAAACCGAGAUCCAUGUGAAAGCCACAUGACUCACUCAACCAGUUCCAGUUCAAGCCUUGAUCCCAGUUCCCAGUUCCAGGAGAAUAAUGGGCAGGUCCAGACCUCCAGAUGGGAUGAGCAACAGAAGGUCUUUGCCUUGGAGCAGAUCUGUGGGGUCUUCAGAGUUGACCUGGGACAGAUGAGAUCUCUUCGCCUUUUUUUCAGUGAUGAGGCCUGCACCAGCGGGCAGCUGGUGGUUGCUAGCCGGGAGAGUCAGUAUAAGAUUUUUCACUUUCACCAUGGUGGCCUGGAUAAACUCUCCGAAGUGUUUCAGCAAUGGAAGUAUUGCACAGAGACGCAUCUCAAAGACCAGCAGCUCACCGACGUGAAGACUUGCAUGCAGUUCUCCAUUCGCCGGCCCAAGCUCCCUUCCUCUGAGACCCACCCGGAGGAGAAUGCAUAUAAGCGCUUAGAUGUCUCUGGGUGGCUUCGUCAUCUAAACAAGGCUGGACAAGUCGAAGAAGAGUACAAGCUGAGGAAGGCUAUUUUCUUUGGCGGGAUCGAUGUCUCAAUCCGUGGCGAAGUUUGGCCCUUCUUGUUGCGCUACUACAGCUAUGAAUCCACAUCGGAGGAGAGGGAGGCUCUCCGUAUUGCAAAGAGAGAGGAAUAUUUUCAGAUUCAACAGAAAAGACUCUCCCUAGCACCAGAUGAGCAGAAGGCCUUCUGGAGGAAUGUGCAGUUCACCGUUGAUAAAGACGUGGUGAGGACUGACCGUAGUAACCAGUUUUUCCGAGGAGAGAACAACCCCAACGUGGAGACUAUGAGGCGGAUCUUGCUGAACUAUGCAGUGUACAACCCGGCCAUUGGCUAUUCCCAGGGAAUGUCUGACCUCGUGGCCCCCAUCCUUGCUGAGGUUCUGGAUGAAUCGGAUACUUUCUGGUGCUUUGUUGGUUUGAUGCAGAACACGAUCUUUAUCAGCUCCCCUCGGGAUGAGGAUAUGGAGAAGCAACUGAUGUACCUGCGAGAACUGCUGCGGUUGAUGCACAUACGCUUUUACCAGCACCUGUCUUCCCUUGGGGAGGAUGGCCUUCAGGUGCUUUUUUGUCACCGCUGGAUCCUCCUCUGCUUUAAGCGAGAGUUUCCGGAUGCUGAAGCCCUGCGCAUGUGGGAAGCCUGCUGGGCUCAUUACCAGACAGACUAUUUCCAUCUCUUCAUCUGUGUGGCUAUUGUGGUGAUCUAUGGGGAUGAUGUCAUUGAACAGCAACUGGCUACGGACCAGAUGCUGCUACACUUUGGGAACCUCGCCAUGCACAUGAAUGGGGAGCUCAUACUCAGGAAGGCUAGGAGUUUGCUCUAUCAGUUCCGCCUGCUACCCCGGAUCCCCUGCAGUCUGCAUGACCUGUGCAAACUCUGUGGAACAGGCAUGUGGGACAGCGGCUAUAUCCCCGCCGUGGAAUGUACUGGAAAUCACCCUGACUCUGAUAGCUGCCCAUAUGGAGGCACGGUGGAUGAGCCAUCUCCCAAGUCAGGAAAUGAUUGCAGAAGGGGACUUAAAACACGAGAGGUCUUUACUUUCCGGAAAUGACUGUUCAGGAUCGUAUCCCAGCUACGUAAGGACCUCAAAGCGGUGGGCACAGUUGGGGCCUGGCAAGCAAAAAAUGAAAGAA